UUUUUACUGUUUAUAUAUAUUCAGAAAUAACCGUACUUAAAUUAAAAAGAUUAAAUUUUGGCAAGAAAAAACGGAGCCUGUCCGUUCUCCGAUUCACCGAUUGUCUGGUAUAGCGCCCCCAUUGGUCUGUCAAAUCGCGGUCUUGCAAAAUAUCAACGAAAACACGACCAACGAUGAUGACACCGACAGUGUACGAGCCAUAAUUUCUACGAAAGGUGUUAUUUUCAUGACGUUUGGAACAGAGCCAUGGACGCCCGACGACCCAUCGUGCCGUUCCCAUUUCACCGCAUGAACAACCGCAUGAACAAGGGCCCGCCGGUCAAUAUGAUCAACCAUCCGCAGUACGGCCUGGACUCCCACGGCCCACAGAAUCUGGAGAUCAAGUCCAAGCGGAUGGCCGUCAGCUGGAGGGACGACACGCUGUUCUACGUGCCGGACCGGACGGGCAAGCAAGGGGUGUGCAUCCUGGAGCCCAGCAUGCAGCCGGGGCAGGAAUACUUUGAGGCUGAGAUAGUAAGCACGGGUCGAUGGGGAGCUAUUAGGAUAGGACUGGCACCCCCCGAUCACUCACUAGAAGUACAUCUAGGCAUAGAAGGCAACUCGGUAGCGUUCAGUGUGGACGACAGUGCAGUAUAUGGCCAGGACCAAACUGUGACCCUCCAGUGUCGGGCCUGCAAGCCAGGCGACAAGAUUGGCGUGGGCAUCAAGUUUGGAGAGAACUACAUGGAGGGCGCCGAUGAGAAAUGCCCCGUCGUCUUCACACUCAAUGGGAAAGAGAUCCAUAGGCGAGACGUGGUCAUUCCAUUCAAGGGUCUCUGCCCGGCCGUUUCCAUGGCGUCGCAGGGCCAGAUGGUGCGGUUCAAGGCGCGCUGUGAUUGGUCGAGCCAGGAGGAGGAGAUGGUGAUUGACAGCUGCGAGGACGACUGGGCACGGCUUCAUGACGUCACGGUUCACGGCCAGAUCUUAGCCUACGCGGGUCGAGGCAAGACCAUCGCCGACGUGGGCUUAGCCCAGGCCAAGAAGCCCCUCAGCCCCACGAACCAUUACUUUGAGCUGGAGAUCAUCGAUCCGGGCAAGAACUGCUACAUCGCCAUCGGCUUAGCCAAGAAGGACUACCCGAAAAAGCGGCAUCCGGGCUGGAACUACGGAUCCAUAGCGUACCAUGCAGACGAUGGAAAGAUCUUCAAAGGGAGCGGCGUGGGUGACUCCUUUGGCCCCCGCUGUCAUAAAGGAGACAUCAUGGGGUGCGGUAUCAUGUUCCCCAGGGACUACAUCAUGGACAGCGACGAAGGUGAGAGCGACAACGAGGAGGUCAACAGCGUGGUCAAGGCCUGGCCGGACCGGGAACCCUUCAACCGCUUGAACCAACUGGACCGCAUAGCCCAGGACAACUUCGCCAUCGACGUCUACGAUCUGUCGGAGGACGAGUACGACGACUAUCUCUCCGAGGAGGAGGAAUACGAAUUGCAGAUCGACGGGGUGCAGCAGGGCGGUAAAGUACAGGUCCACGUUUUCUUUACGCGAAAUGGAACCACAAUAGGCAGAAGAGAGGUCCAUAUACCAGCGUCGGGCUUCUACCCAACCAUCGGCAUGCUCAGUUUAGACGAGAAGGUUCGGGUCGACCUUAGACCCCUGAGUGGUUGACCCCCUGAGUGGU